AUGGCGGAGCCCCGGCCCGGUUCCCACACCCCCCAAGUCCCCUGCACUGGCCGGCUUCCGGGGCGGGUGGAAAGGAGCCACAAGCACCGCGGUUGUCCCAGCCCCGCCGGCGCUCACACCACAAUUGUGGGAGCCGCCAUCUUGAGACCGUCCCGCUUCCCCGCCCAGCGCUUAGUGCAGCCUCCGCUCCCGAAACAGCCUCGACACUCGAGCCGCUCCAAAGAGCCAGAGUUAGGCCCCGAAGUGGCAACUGUACGGCAGAAGGAGCGUGGAGGCCACCCCGAGUCCUACCCGGGGCUCCAUGUGAAGCCCGAGUCCAGGCAGGCCCUCUUCCAUGGGGCUGUGGCCAGCUGCUUCUGCAUGGCCACCGUCUACACGGUGUUCAAUGGCAUCUUCGUCCAAGUGGGCUAUGAACACCAUGCCGAAGCCCGCAUAGCCAGCCUCCCCGCCUUCCUGGCCAUGCCCUUCAACUUUAACUUGGCCUGCGUCCUCCUGGGGGUGUACUGGCUACAGAGAAAUGCUAGGGUCCCAGGACGCCCCAUGGAGGCGCAGAGGGCUCGCUACCUGAAGGAUAUCUUUGCUGGCAUGGCCCUGGUCUAUGGCCUGGUUCGGUGGCUGCGGAUUGCGACGCAGUUGCUUGACCAGUGGCUCACCUUGCCCAUCUUUGCAUGGCUGGUGGCCUGGCGCCUCUCCCUAGACGGGUCGGGGUUGUUCCUUGCCAUCAAGUGUCUCUCCCUGGGCAGUUACGGCCUCGCCCUGCUGCACCCCUGUGGGUUUGAGGUUGCGCUGGGCGCCCACAUCGCAGCUGCCGUGGGCCACGCCCUGCGCCAUAGGCGCUACGGCACUGUCUCCUCGGGAGUCUCCUUGGCUCCGGGCGCGCUCUCCUGCUUGGGCUGUGUGGGCCUCGAGCUGUGUGACCAUCAGCUCGCGCGGUGGCAUCUCUUCCAGUGGCUCAAAGCCUGUGAUGUGCUCCAGUUCCACUUUGCAUUCUUGUUUCUGACAAAUUUAAACACUUGCCGAAGCCCUCCUCCUGAGGGGAAGGUACAUUAAAGUGUGGAAAGAAAAAACUUAAAAAAAGAAGA